AGCCGCCAGGGUUUUUGUCUUGCGCCGCGGGGGAUUGAGGACUCCGUAGCGAGAAAGUGUCCGCAGCACCGCGGGGGGCCGGGCUGGGUUUGGCGCCUCUGCAGGGGAUUUGUGGAGCUGUUGGUUUCCUAUGACUUCUGUCUUCUGAUUAUCCUGGCUCUGGCUUCAUCGUGUCUACCCUUUUCCUGAGAGCAGCAGAAAAUGAACAAGUUCAAGGGACCAGUGACAUUUAAGGAUAUUACUGUGGAGUUCACCACGGACGAGUGGAAAUUACUGACCCCUGCUCAGAGAACCUUGUACAAGGAAGUGAUGCUGGAAAACUACAGUCUCCUGGCUGCCGUGGGUUAUCGUGUGAGUAAGCCAAAUACUGUCUUCAAGUUGAAGCAAGGAAAAAAGCCAUGGAUAUUAGAAGUAGAAUUUCCUCGUCAGAACCACCCUGAAGACCUAUGGAAAAUUCAUGAACCUGAAACAAGAAACCACAAAAGCCAAGCUGGAAAUUCAAGGAAUGGAGCGCUUACAAAGCAGCGGAAAACUCAUACCAAAGUGGAAGCCUACGAAUGCAGCGAAUGUGACAAGUUCUUCGGCCAGAAGUCUGCCCUAAUAGUGCAUCAGCGUGCUCAUUCCGAGAACAAAUCCUAUGAUUGUGAUAAGUGUGGGAAAUCUUUCUCUAAAAAUGAAGACCUCACAAAACAUCAGAAAAGUCACACCAGAGAGAAAACCUAUGAGUGCAAAGAAUGUAAGAAAAUUUUCUAUCAUGUGUCUUCUCUCAGUAGACAUCUGAAAACCCAUGCAGGGGAGAAACCCUAUGAAUGUGAUAAGUGUGAAAAGUCCUUCUACCAGAAACCACACCUCAUGGAACAUCAGAAAACACACACAGGGGAGAAACCUUUUGAAUGUACUGAAUGUGGGAAGUUCUUUUAUGUGAAAGCAUACCUCAUGGUACAUCAGAAAACACAUACAGGGGAGAAACCCUAUGAGUGUAAGGAAUGUGGGAAAACCUUUUCCCAGAAGUCUCACCUCACAGUACAUCAGAGAUCACACACAGGGGAAAAACCCUAUAAGUGUAAGGAGUGUGGGAAAUUCUUCUCUAGGAAUUCACACCUCAAAAUCCAUCAGAGAAUUCACACAGGAGAGAAACUGUUUAAAUGUAAGGAAUGUGGAAACUGCUUCUACCAGAAGUCAGCUCUAACGGUACAUCAGCGAACUCACACAGGGGAGAAACCCUUUGAGUGUAGUAAAUGUGGGAAAAGUUUCUUUUAUAAAUCAGACCUCACUAAACAUCAGCGAAAACACACAGGAGAGAAACCGUAUGAAUGUACAGAAUGUGGUAAAUCUUUCUCUGUGAAUUCAGUCCUCCGAUUACAUGAAAGGACUCACACAGGAGAAAAACCCUAUGAAUGCAAGGAAUGUGGGAAGUCUUUUUCUCAGAAGUCACACUUUAUCAUACAUCAGAGACAACACACAGGGGAGAAACCCUAUAAGUGUAAGGAGUGUGGGAAACUCUUCUCUAGGAAUUCACACCUCAAAACCCAUGAGAAAUCUCACACAGGAGAGAAACUCUUUAAAUGUAAGGAGUGUGGGAAUUGCUUCCACCAGAAGUCAGCCUUAACAGAACAUCAGCAAACUCACACCGGGGAGAAGCCCUUUAAGUGUAAGAAGUGUGGGGAGACCUUUAUCCAGAAAUCACAGCUCACUGCACAUCAGAAGACACACACAAAGAAGGCAAAAGCUGAUAGUGUUGGUUGAAAAAUUCUGUCUGACUUCAUCUUCUAAAAUAAUCAACUAAUUCACUUGAGAGAAACCUUAUGAAUACCAUCAAAGUGGAAACAAUUUAAGCCACAAUCUUUACUCAUAGACUAUCAGAGAAUAAGAAGGGAAGUUCUAUACAUUCACUAGGGAAAAUUUUUUACCCUAUGGUAGACUGUACUAAAGCAGCAGAGAACAUUUGAUGGCAAUUAUAAAACAUGAGGGAAGUUUGUUAUUUUACAGUGGAAAAAUCACAUAGGUAUGAAAUCCCAUAACUAAAAUGAAUCUCAAGAAAUUUUCUGCUAGAAAAGCCAGUACUAGACAUCCAAAAGCGUACAUAAAUUAGGAACUCCUGAGUAUCCUGAGGACACAGAAAUCUUUUUAUACAGGUUGAACUCAGAGAACUCAGAGGGGAAAACUACAAAGAUUAGAACAGGAAGAAAAAUCCUUUCUUGAGAACUCAUGUUUCAUCAAAUAUCAGAUUUCUGAUACUUGGAUAAGACCUUUAUAGGUAUCCUAAAUGUCAGAUUUUUAAGGAAAUUUGAAGAAUUUGUACUGAGGGAAACAGUUACACUUCUGAGUUUUUCUUUUGUAAAAAAGAAAUCUGUACAUGUCUACAUGUAUGGGGCUGUAAAACAGUACAGGUAAAUUGAAUAACCAGGCAAAAUCAUUAAACACACAUGAAGUGUCCUUUAGGAGUUGUAGGACGUGUUUGUGUGUGAGUAUACACCAAAUCAUAAUGUGUAAAUCUUUGACAUGCAUGUAGAAGCCAUCCAUAGUUGUACAGAGAAAAUGUGUAACCUUAGUUCAAUACCUUUUAUAUCUAGAAACAUGUCACUUAUUCUCAGUGACUUGUGUUGUUAUAUAAGUUGUUAUAUAAGUAUUGUAGUGGAAUUUUUAAAAAUUAUAAUGUGCUUUUCUCCUUUCUCUAGCAUUUGUAAAUGGAUCUAAACAUUGUUACUGAACUAACCUUUCAAAAUGCAGCUAAAGUGUUUUUGUAAAAUUUGCAACUGUCUCAUGAUCAGCCAGAUUUCACUGGGGACACAAAUUUACAGCAAAAGCCUGAGCUGCUUUUGAAGCAGUCGAAACCAGUAAUAUUUAUUGCACUUUCCAAAAUAAAAACAAAUAGUGCUAUGUGGUAAGCAUUAUCAUUGUUGAUGUUUUAGCUGUAUGUAAAGUUAUCUACAUUCAUAUUUUGUCAAAGAGUUCUAAAUGUUCUUCAGUACUUUUUAUUUUCCAGUAGAAGCAACGUGGUGUCAUGGUCAGGAGUGUAGACUCAGGCCUCCUUCUGUUUAGGCCCAGAGCUGUCUAGACAGAGCACUAGCCUGGGGCAUGCCUCUCAACCUCUCUGUGCCUCAGUUCCUUUCCUAUCAAAGAUAGUAAAAUCUUGGGAUUUCUUUGAGGUCUAAAUAUGUUCAUAUUUUAAAGCUAUAUAUUAGAUAUUAUCAACACAAUUUAUAUUUCAUGAAGUAUGCUGCAAAUACUUUAAAAAGGGGCAGUUACCCAACACUCGUCCCCCACCUUAUUGCUGCUAGUGCCUUGAUUUGGUUCAGCUGUGUAUUUUCCCCCAGAAUGAUUCAGAGGCAGAUCCUGUUUGUGCUCAUCUAGGUGCUGGCAAUUUACAGCCUGACAAUCAGAUCUUGUCCACUGCCCAUUUUGUAGCUUGCAAGCUAAGAAUGAUUCUACAUUUCUAAAUAGUUGAAAACAUUAGAGACUAUUUUGUGACACAAGAAAAUUAUAUAAGAUUUCACUUUCAGUGUCCAUAGUUUUGAAAACACUAAUACAAACAAAAAAGCAUUUGUUCACUUUUGCUGUUACGUUUGUUUUGGUUGUGGCUGCCUUCCCACUGUACCAGCAGAGUUGAAAAGUUGUGACAGACACCAUAUGGCCCACAUAACCUAAGACAUUUAUUAUGUGGCACUUCAAAAUAAGUUUUUCUGUUGCCCAUUGUUGAAAACAUUGCAACCAAUGUAAAGGUAUACUUUCAUGAAUGUUUUGUAUUUCAGUAAUGAUGGAUACUGCAAUUUGUGGAUGGGUGGUUUUUGUGCAGUGUUUAUUUUAUGUAUUAUAUUUAUAUGUUAAAAAACCUAAGCUUUGAAGUAUUUUUUCCAAAGAAAUGUGUUUUUUACUUGCUAAAUUGUCAUCAUAUCAAAACAGGAGAUUUCCUGAAGAAGUGUA